ACCGACUUUGGUAAAUGUAUAGCAGUUAAUUUCUACGUUUUCGUUUUUAGUUACAUUACAAAUUAUUAGUGAAUUCUUCGUUGAAUUAAUAGUGAUUAAUCAUGUUUUACGAUAUUAUAUUAUUAAGUUCCCAACACAAGGGCCAGUAUUGUAAGGCUUGGAUUGCCGGAACGAGAGGAGUAAAAUUUAUUAAAGAAGCCGAAAUAAAAGAAUUGGAUAUUGCUAAACUUUGUGAUAAUAUAAUAGAGUAUGUUAUAACUGCUUCCUCUUCACCGACAAAGAGAUUUUCGCUUAGACUUUCCACAAUCUUGACAAAUGGGGCUAUUAAAAUUCUCAGACAACAAGCCGUUAUACUUCAAGGUGAAUGUACAAAAGCAAUGUGUGUUAUUAGCAUCCCUGCGACAAUUAGCGUUGGUUACGAUGAAAUUGGUGAUGUUAUGAGCUCUUUAUCUCCUGUUGCCAAGGUAGUACGUAAAAAGAGGGCCAAAAAGGUCAAAAUAAUAAACACGCCUGAUGUCUUACAAGCCAUGGAGCAAGCUCUAUUGGAUGAGCAUGAGCAGACUCCAAUUCUUCUAGAGCCCGCAGCCGAAGCAGGUUUUUCAAAUAAAGUUAUCUCAAUUGUAGAAGAGGUGGCGGAAACAAGAAGACAACAACCCGAUGAGGAAUUUUUAUCUCUAGGACCUGCGCUAAAUGUAGAUGACAUAUUAUUAGAAACUGGAUAUCCUAAACCACGAUCUGGAUCAUCGUCGUCAAUUCCGUACGGUACUAUUGGUCCUCAAAUUACAGUUGUUGCUGACGUUCAUGUGGCCAUAGUAAGUCCAGUACCUGAGCUUAUCCCAUCUGCUAUGAUAGAUGAUGUCACACAAAGACCAACAGUAAUCGAAGAGAUUAUUACGGAAGCUGAAAUGCUUGCUGAAAAAAGAUCAACCGUAAUCGAGGAGAUCAUUACGGAAGCGGAAAUGCUUCCUCCUACUGAGAUCCCUCCAAUAGCUACUAGUACACCAAUGGUAGACACGGCUGCAGCUGCUAAAAGGGCUGUUCGUCCUGGCGUGUUAAAGGAAAUUCAGCUGGAAGAAGUCCAAGAAGAGAGAGCUGAGAAAAGAGCAGAAACGAGAAAACCUGUUGAAGAACAGCGAGUUGUUUCAAAAAAGGAACAGCUUGUCGCCGACGAGGAAUACAAGAGGAUAUUUUUACCAACGUCAUCAACUCGAUUUACUCGUAUUAAUCGUUGUCUUCCUGGACAUGAAGAUAUGUUUGUUGCGGAAUACACUCCCUCCAUCACAGUAUUCCCCAAAAAGGAUAUUAUAUAUUUAUACCAGACUGAAGAAGAACAGAGCCAAAUAGAUUUGGAACAAGCCGUACGAACAGCAGGCUCGUCACUUGAAAGAACAGAUCGCCAAAGAGGAACCUUAUCUAUGCAAAAUAUAACUGACGAACCAAUUAUUCUGCCAAGAUCAACUUUAGAACUGCAACCUAAACCCGGCAGCACCUCAACACCUAAAGGCAAAGAUCGACCCACUUCUUUGGAACAAGAAUUACCACCAAAUAUUAGCACAACACCUAAGGGCAGGAUCCGUCUAGCUUCUGAAGAACCCACGUUAAUUGAUGCCUCCCCACGAAAGAAAGCAAAAAGACAAGUGAUACCUGAUGAAUCACGUCCUAGCGAUAAAACUAAAGAGGCUCCCAGCGCCAUAGAAAUUGAACUACCCGAAGCUGUUCCAAGUCAAAGAACUGAGAUCUUGUCUCCUAUUAUUGAAGAGUUACUAGUGCUUCCUUCUUUGCCGUUCCAAUCAUCAAAAUUAUCUCCCCAAACGACUGUUGAUUUCAAAGGACGCCACCAACGACUUAUGGACAUUAUCACAAAAUUUAAUUUCGAUGAAGGCUUUCCAACUAUUGAAGAUUUAAGUGAAAAACCUCUUAAUAAAUUACAUGUUGCUCGUUGCUUUCAUGAUUUGUUGGCCUUGUGUGCUUUCAAGUAUGUAACCUUAAUACCGGAGGAAAAUAGCAUCGAGCUUAGACAUAUAGAGAAAGGUCCAAGAUUUCUCUAAAACAUACUCGUAAAGAAACAGUCUGUAUAAUUAUUAAUAUAUUGAGAAAUAUUUAUUAGCUUCACUGAUCUCAUGUGAACUCUCGAUUUUUUAACUAGAGCUAGUUAUUUUGUUGUAGUAAAUAAGAUUAUGUAUUAAAUAAAUAUACAGUGCUAGUCAAAAGUCUGUACCCCCCCCCUCGUAUCUUUUGAACGGUUAUGCCUACUUAUAAUAGUGAAAUUUGGAGGAAGGAAAUAAACGAACGUAGGGUUCUUAACUAGUCAUGACAGGUGACCUAAUAGUGACAGAUGACUUUGCAGCGCCGCUGUGACAGAUAAUUUUAAAUGGGACCUUAUGGCAAGUGAUACCUCGUUUGAAAGGUAUUGAAAAUACCUAUUCAUUCAUACUAAUUUUGUUUGAGUUUAAGCUCAUUUUGAUGAAUAAAUAAAAUAAUAUAAAAUUGUAGUUUCGCAUUUAAUUAAUAAAAAUUCAGACCUCCGUCUAUGGUUACUUGUCAAAAAGGUUGACGUUGGCGUAAAAACUACAAAAAAAAAACUGAAAAACGUCAACUUUUUUGACAAAAAAACUGUAGGCGGACAUUUGAAUUUUUAUUAAUUAAAUGCGAAACUACAAUGUUAUAUUUAUUUAAUUUAUUCACCAAAAUCAAAAUCAACUUAAACCCAAAAAACUUAGUAUGACUGAAUAGCUAUUUUCAGGACCUUUUAAAUGAGGUAUCACUUGCCAUAAGAUCCCAUUUAAAAGUAUCUGUCACAGUGGCGCUGUAAAGUCAUCUGUCACUAUUACGUCACCUGUCAUGACUAGUUAAGGAGCCUAGGUCCGUUUAUUUCCUCGCUCCAAAUUUCACUACUAUAAGUAUAACCAUUCAAAAGAUACGAGAUGGGGUACGGACUUUUGACUAGCACUGUAUAAUAUGAAAUAUAUAUUAUAGUUAUAAAGGUACCAAGGGUAAUAUAGGGAUAUAAUACCCGUGGUGCCUUCAACGUUUAAUGUCCGACAAAAUUCUUCUUUAUAUGCAAAAAAUUUGAAUGAAUUUUGAAUUAAUUAGUUUACAAAUAAGUACAUUUAGCAGCAAUAGUCGUAACGUAAUUGUGGUAACCAUAGUUUUACUUAGGUCUUUAUUUGUCAACUUGACAGUAUUUUACUAGUUAUUUAAAUUUAACGCCCUAGGGCAUUAUAUCAUAUUUAACUGUCUUCGAAAUCAUGUCAUUAUUUGUCAAAUAAUAUACCAGUCGGAUUUAAAACAUUAUUGUCCGACUGGUAUAUUAUUUGAAAAAUAAUGACAUACCUAAUGUCCAAGUCAGUUAAAUAUGAUAUAUUUUCCUAGGGCGUUGUUUUUAAAAAUAACACCCUAUCUAUUAAAUUUAAAUAUAUAGUUAAAUACUGUCUAGUUGACAUUGACAAAUAAGUGUACUUUUUUAAAAACUAAUUUAUCCAAAUUUUUCUCACUAAAUAUUUAGUCGGACAUUAAAUGUUGAAAGCACCACGGGUAUUACGAAUAAUAAUGUUAUUAUCCUUUUAAUACCUUUGGUACCUUAAUAACUGUAACACGCUUAAUAAAUAGAGCCUGAAAGGCUUUUUAGUUUAUUUAUAUUUCUUUAAUUUAUUUUUAAGCUGCAUAUUGGUUAUUAAUAAUUAUUUUAAACGCACACACCAGUAGGACCACGUUGUUGUAGUUGUUAACUCAAUUAAUUUUAAAUAUAUUUAGAAUCGUAGAAACCUACGAUUCCAGAAUAUUUACAAUUACAAGUGUGUAGAAUAUCUAAAAAUCAAAACUAUACGCAUACAAUAUUGGUGCAAUAAAAGGUAUUUUCAAAAUAUUCAUAUCAAAACAUUCCAGUAACAAUAUACUUACUGCCUCUUAACGACUCUAGAUUUGUAGAAAUGACUUUUAAUUUUAGUUAAUCUUUCUAUCUUCAGUUUCAUUAAUUUACUUCAUCAUUUUCAGUGUUCGAAUGACUCUGUCUUACAACAUUGAAUGGAAGUAACUAGCACGGCAGUAAAAUUAUAGUUGCCUACCUAAUAUUGAUCUUUUGUAACCAAUUUGCAUUUUCUAUUUCGAAAUAGUUUAAGGAUACAAAUUAAUACUAAUAAAGUAUUUUUUUUAUCUUAUUUUUAAGUACCAAAAAUGUGUUUGUAAAUUUGUACCUGUUCUUAUCCUACUAGUCAAUAUUUUUAUUAAAUAAACGUUCAUGUAAAA